UCAACAAGAGAUAACCGGCCUCUUUCACCAGAGGAAUUGGCGGCUCCAGGUUCUCAGGCAGACUUUGAGGCUGGGGUAGCCCGCUCGACUCGUUUUCGGUAAUGGUUUCAAGAUUUUCUGAAUUCUGAACCAAGACACUGGCAGCCGGUUCUUAACACCCCGCGCCUGAGCAUCAACCUCGUCGCUGUUCGACAGAUUCGAAGCCUCUUACCCGAUCUUCACUACUAAAGUCUACUCCAAGAUGGCUCCGAAGGGUACAAAGAAGGGUACAAGCACGUCUUGGGACCACGAAUUCAACCUUCUCCGCCGUGAGAAGCUCUUUCGACACCCUCCUACCGACCAUACGGCGUAUCCCGCCCUGCAACUCGCGGUUGACCCUCAUAUCGAGUCCUUCAAUGUUCUCUUUAGGGACGAUGGCCGGCCGGGGCUGAUAGAUCUCGGCCUGGCCGAAAUUGGCACCAAAACAUUCCUCGACGGGGACGAGAGAGCGGCGCCUACGGGGAAGAACAAGUUGACGAUCCGGUGCAAGGGUGUAUCUCUCCAGAAGUCUCAGCUACCACCCUCAAACAAGUUCGCCAAGAAGCGCGAAGUCCUCCCAGCGGAGUGCCGAGAGCGACAUGCCACGUAUCGGGGGAAGCUGACGGCCACGUUUGAGUACCGUAUCAAUGGCGACGAACCCAAGGAAUUCGUCCGGGAGAUCGGACAGAUGCCCAUUAUGCUCAAGUCAAACAGAUGUCAUUUGGAGAACAACUCUCCCGCCCAGCUCGUGCAAAGGAAGGAAGAAUCCGAAGAACUUGGUGGAUACUUCAUCGUAAACGGUAUCGAAAAGAUCAUCCGUCUCUUGUUGGUCAACCGGCGGAACUUUCCCAUGGCAAUCAACAGGCCCAGUUUCACGAAUCGCGGGCCCACGUACACGCCGUACGGUAUCAUAGUGCGAUCAGUGCGGCCGGAUGAGACCUCCCAAACCAAUGUCCUUCAUUAUCUCAGCGAUGGCAAUGUCACCUUCCGGUUCUCAUGGAGGAAGAACGAAUAUCUUGUUCCCCUGAUGAUGAUCCUAAAGGCACUCGUGGAGACGAACGACCGAGAGAUAUUUGAGGGCCUGGUUGGGCCCCCGACCUCGAGGGGAAUCGAAAACACGUUCCUCACAGAUCGUGUGGAACUGCUGUUGCGGACUUACAAAGUAUAUUCCCUUUACAGCAAGACGCAGACCAGAGCAUACCUUGGGGAGAAGUUCAGGGUCGUCUUGGGCGUUCCUGAUACCAUGUCCCAUUACGAAGCCGGCACCGAGUUUCUGCGGAAGGUUGUGCUCGUCCACCUUGGAUGCGUGGAUGUCACGGAAGAACAGAACACGGACAAGUUCAAGAUGCUCUUGUUUAUGACGCGGAAGCUCUACGCCCUGGCCGCCGGUGACUGCGCCGUUGACAAUCCCGACGCCGUUCAAAAUCAAGAGAUCCUCCUCGGUGGCUUCUUGUACGGCAUGAUACUGAAGGAGCGAGUCGAAGAACUGCUGUCGGUCGGGCUCAGACUUUCUCUGCGGGAUUACUUCAGGAGAAACCCCACCGUAUCGUUCACGUCGCCAAAUUUUGCACGGGACUUCCCAAUAGCCAUAUUCCGAAAGACAAACGAAAACCUCGGCAACGCCUUGGAGUACUUCCUCUCCACCGGUAAUCUCCUGAGCCCGUCUGGCCUAGACCUGCAGCAGGUUUCGGGCUUCACCGUUGUUGCAGAGAAGCUCAACUUCCUACGAUUUAUCAGCCACUUCCGGGCAGUUCAUCGAGGUAGCUUCUUCGCCCAGCUCAAGACCACCACCGUCCGAAAGCUCCUUCCCGAGUCUUGGGGAUUCCUAUGCCCAGUCCACACUCCAGACGGUGCUCCAUGCGGUCUUCUAAACCAUCUCUCCCACAAGUGCAAGAUCAUGACCGAAGCUGUUGACGUGUCGGAGAUUCCUCGAUUGGCCGUCGAGCUUGGUGUGGUAGACAUCUCCUCGGCUGCAACGGACGAGAGCGUUGUGGUAAUGCUUGACGGCAAGAUCAUCGGCUGGUGCACACCAGACGAAUCGCGAAGGAUUGCAGAUACCUUCCGGCACUACAAAGUUCAGGGGAAUCGAGGGGUACCGCUACAUCUGGAGAUCGGGCUUGUCCCAUCUUCUAAUGGCGGUUCAUACCCUGGUAUAUACAUGUCUUCUCAGCCUGCCCGGAUGGUCCGGCCCGUCAAGUACCUCGCUCUGGGACAGGAAGACUUCGUCGGGCCUCUCGAACAGCCUUACAUGUCGAUUGCAGUUACUGAUGCCGAGGCCGUUCCCAGCGAGUCGAGCCAUGUGGAGUUUGAUCCUACCAAUAUCCUGUCCAUCCUUGCGAAUAUGACCCCCUUUUCCGACUUCAACCAAUCCCCCCGAAACAUGUACCAGUGCCAGAUGGGUAAACAGACGAUGGGCACUCCGGGCACUUCCAUGCGUUACAGGACGGACAACAAGUCAUACCUCUUGCAGACCGGGCAGACGCCUAUCGUUCGACCGCCAUUGCACAACGCCUACGGCUUCGACAACUUCCCGAACGGUACAAAUGCCGUCGUUGCCGUCAUUGCUUACACUGGGUAUGACAUGGACGAUGCUAUGAUUAUCAACAAGUCGGCACACGAGCGUGGCUUUGGCUACGGCACAAUCUACAAGACCAAGCAGGUAACUUUGAGGGACGAGUCGAGGGGCCGUUCGGUCAAGAACAUCACAAAGCUCUUUGGCUUCGCUCCAGGCAGCGCCAUUCGGGCAUCGACGCAGCAGAUGCUCGACGAAGAUGGCCUACCAUACGUGGGCCGCAUGGUUCAGGAGGGCGAUGUUCUCUGCGCGUGGCAUACCGUCUCGGCUGAUUAUAGCGGGCAGCUAGUCAACCGAGACGGCGCAAAUCACUUUGAGAAGUACAAAGACUCCGAAGUCGCGUUCAUCGAGGAGGUGCGUCUCAUCGGAAACGAGAACGGGAACGAACCGGCCCAGACGAUCUCGAUCAAGCUCCGUAUCCCUCGAGCACCAGUCAUCGGCGACAAGUUCUCUUCGAGGCACGGGCAGAAGGGCGUGUGUUCUCAAAAAUGGCCAGCCAUCGAUCUCCCCUUUUCAGAAUCCGGCAUCCAGCCAGAUAUCAUCAUCAACCCGCACGCGUUCCCUUCGCGAAUGACGAUCGGCAUGUUUGUCGAGUCUCUAGCCGGAAAGGCGGGUGCUCUUCACGGCCUUGCUCAAGACUCGACACCGUUCAAAUUCGACGAGGAGAACACGGCAGGAGAUUACUUUGGCCAUCAGCUGAUGAAGGCCGGAUACAACUAUCACGGCAACGAGCCCAUGUACUCUGGCAUCACCGGCGAGGAAUUCGCCGUCGAUAUUUACCUCGGCGUCGUCUAUUACCAGCGUCUCCGGCACAUGGUGAACGACAAGUACCAGGUGCGCACGACUGGUCCGGUCGUCCCCACGACGGGCCAGCCCAUCAAGGGGAGGAAGAAGGGCGGUGGUAUUCGGGUGGGAGAGAUGGAGAGGGACGCCCUCCUCGCGCACGGAACCGCUUUCCUCCUCCAGGACCGACUUCUCAACUGCUCGGAUUAUUCUCGGUCCUGGAUCUGCCGAUCAUGUGGGUCGUUCUUGUCCGUCCAGCCCACAGUGUCUCCCUUCAUCGGGAAGCGGAAGGCCAUCAGCGCUGUCCGUUGCCGAAAUUGUGCGAUGCGCAUUGACCAGAUCGAGGAUCUGGACCUGACCAAGUUGGACGGUGAGAUAUGGGAGGACGGACAGGGCCACCAAUGGAUUGGGGGAGACAACACUACCACCGUCGUUGUUCCGGGGGCACUCAAGUUCCUGGAUGUAGAACUAGCAGCGAUGGGGGUCAAGCUGAAAUAUCGGCUGGACCCCAAGGACGCUGUACGGAAGGGGCCCUUGAGGCAAAAGGCAUUGGAAGGCGUUCGGAAGGGGAAGCUGAUGUUGGGCAAGCCGCCUCAGAACGGCUUGGUUUCGGUGUCGUAGACGGUCAUGUUCUUUUACGAAUUCAAUCAAUGAGAUUUGGUUUGCUUUACAACCGGGGCUGCUUGCCGCUGCUUGCCGCUGCUGUGUCGAGAAACUGUUUGCAGAGUUCAACACGGGCAGUCAAGGGACUGGGUACAUCAACAAGGUGCCGGGCAGCAUGUUGGGACACGAAGUAAUUACACCGCGUCAUGGCCCGAGUCUAUCAGCCGUAGGAAGGUAUAACAUGC